GGGCUGCGAGCGGGGCACCACCGGCACCGGAACCCGCAGCGGGAUCAGGACCCCAGAGCCACGCCUGGGGCUGCGAGCGGGGCACCGGCACCGGCACCCGCACCGGGAUCAGGACCCUCGAGCCACGCCUGAGGCUGCGAGCGGGGCACCGGGAGCCUCACUCACCAGCACAGGGAUCGGGACCAGCACUGCCGGGUCACGCUUGGGGCCGCUGCGAGCCGGACACCGGCAUCGGGACCUGGACUUCCGAGCCACGCCUGGGGCUGCGAGCAGGACACCGGCACCGGGACCCGCUCCCGAGCCGGGACAGCCAGCCGCUGCUCUCCACGCCGUGCCACCACGACCAGGUGUCCCCAUGGAGUGACCCUGCACGAGGGGGACCCGGCAGCUGUGCCAGCACGGGGGGGACGCUGGCUGCCACCACCGCCAGCAUGAGCGACUUCUGGCACAAGCUGGGCUGCUGCGUCGUGGAGAAGCCCCAGCCCAAGAAAAGGAGGAGACGGAUCGACCGCUCCAUGAUCGGGGAGCCCAUGAACUUCGUCCACCUGACGCACAUCGGCUCCGGAGACAUGGCUGCGGGAGAGGGGCUGCCCAUGACUGGCGCUGUCCAGGAGAUGAGGUCCAAGGGCGGCCGGGAGCGACAGUGGAGCAACUCCCGCGUGUUGUAGCGUAUUCCUGGCUUUUUCAGCCCAAACUUGAACUGCCUGAUCCCCCCCACCCCCAACCCCGCUGGAGGAGAAGCCGACCUCGAGUGCUUUAACCCCGCGGUAUUUAUGCAGCACCAUCCUCACCCCCAGCUCCCGGUGACUUUGGGUCGUCAUCCCUCUGGAAAAUCCCUCCUUCCCGGAGGCACUGGCCGGUGACACGGGGAGGGAGCGGGGACAGCAGCCCCCCUCUCCUGCCCCGCCCGGAAAGGACACAGCCACCCCCCUGAAACGUGCCAGGAGCUGCCAGGCGCAGCCCACGUGUGCCAAAUCCUCCCGGUUUUCCCUUUUUCCGCUCCCGUGUCUCCCAUGGGCUGCAUGGUGGUGCCUCAGUUUCCCCAGGGAACCAGUCACGGUGCAGAGGCAGAUUUGGUGCCUCCCAGAACAUCCCAGAGGAGCAAAACCAGGAUUAAGCCCUGAUAAUUCUGGCGCCGAACCAGAAUUAAACCCAAGAUGUUCUGGCGUCAGAGCAGGAUUCGAUGUCAAAACUGGGAUUAAACCCCAAUUCCUUGGAGCAAAACCGGGAUUAAACCCCGAUGCUUCGGUGCCAAACCAGCAUCAAACCCCAACGCUCGGGUGUCUCAGCGUCACCGAGCCCACAGUGCCUCCAGCCGGCAUUCCCACCGCCGCCAAACUCCCACCCCCCUCCUUUUUUUAGGACAUAUUCCUAUUUUUAAGCUCCAAACCCCACCUGAGCAGCCUCCGUCGCCUCGGGCAGGGCGGGAUUGUCCCCGACCCCUGACCCGAGAAGGGCUCCGGAAUUCAGGCGCGGGUUGUACAUAGUUUAAUUAGCGCCAGGAUUAAAUGUUAAAUAGCACGUGCUGGGUGACAGAGCCUUUCCCCUACCCCUGUGCUCCGGUGGGAGCCGGGCUUUUCCAGCGUCACGCUCGGGUCAGGGGUUUGUUGGGUUUUUUUUUGGGAAAAAACAUUCCACCCUUGAAAUAAAUGCCUUGUGCUGGUCCAAGGGGUGGGUGCACAAGCUGCCCCGGGCUCCUCGCUGCCUCCUCUGCUCCUGGAGCAGCCGAAUCCACUGGGAAAAGCCAAGCGUGCUGACUUUUUAUGGCAAAGCCAGUUUCUUCCAGGCUGGGCUGGACUCGGGAGCGUGGCUGCACUGACACCCCCUCCUUGGACACCCCGAAAUGUUCCUCUGACCCAUUCUAAGAGGGGAUUGCACCCCCAACUCGAGCGGGGCAGCAUCAGACCCAUCCCAGAAUAAAAGCCAAGAGCCAAAA